UAUUUGAUUAAUAAUAAUGCAAUCCUAAAAUGGCGUACUAAAGAGGCGGUUGUUUUUAUUGGGCGUUGCUUCAGUUUGAGUUAUGCCCAUUUUACUUUAUUACUUUCACAUUUAGUUACUGUUCGUCGUAUUGCAUUUGAAACUGUUUAAUGUAUGUGUAAAUGGAAAUGUCUGAUUUUAAAGAUGUGUCUCCGUUGCAAUGUCGUUUGUGUACGUCGACAGACGAAGGUCAACUUCAAAUUUUUGGAUCAGACGGUUUAAUGAGGAAUAUUCCUGAUAAAAUUAAGGAAUGUCUACCUGUUACGCUGAAGAAGGAAGACGCCCUGCCCAAGUGGGUGUGCCAACAGUGCGCCGUGCAGCUGGACCAGUUCCACUUGUUCCGCAAGAACUGCGCCGCGGCAGAAACCAGACUGGGGCAGGUCUUCAAAGAGGCUGCCGAGUUCCCCCUGGAGCCUGAGUGCUGUCUCCAGGAAGUCGAGCCAGAUGGUUCCCAGCAGCUUGUGGGGGCAAAGUCGCCCAGCCCGUACGAUGUGAAGUGUCUGGAAGACAGGCUGCCCACGGGUGUCUCCCUGCAGCCAAUAGUUGCGAAUGGCUUGACUAUCACGCCUAUACUGCCUAGUGAUAAGCGGGAUCACUGGCCGGAAUUGCGUGUGGGCAGUCCUGCUCCUGACGAUUAUGUUCUCAUGAAGGAAGAGACGUUCAGAACAGAUGGCAAUAGGCAGACCGCGAUCGAGGAGAGCCUGCACAAGGAGAAGGACAGCGACAUAGUGAAGGCUCAGAGGCGACGCAGGGAGGUCCUUCCGCCCAUGUGGGACGUGUACGAGCGCGCCUCCACGUACAGCACUCUGGUGACCCACCGCCGGUACAUAGUCAACAAGGCCGCCUUCCCCUGCUCGCUGUGCAACAAGUGCUUCAGCAUCACGCAGGGCUACCAGCGCGACGGAGUUCCCGACACGACCGAGAACGAUGAAAGCAGGUCAUCUGGCGAUGAAGGAACUCCAGGAAUACACUUCUACACUUGCCACUUGUGUUGGAAGGUGUUCCCCAAGCGCAGUGCUUUGCAGAAGCAUCAGCUCUUGCAUGUGGAUGCCCAGUCGAACACAUGCCCUCUGUGUGGCAAAGCAUUCGGGCGCAAGGAGCACUUGUCCCGCCACAUGAUAUCCCACACGGGGGGCCGACCGUACACCUGUGAGUUGUGCUCCAAGCCUUUCGUGCGCAAGGAGCAUCUCGACCGCCACCGCCUGUCUCACUGCAAGAUGCUUCUGGAACAGGGCGUCGCCCUGGCUCCGCAACCUGGGCAGACGGACGAGCUUCCAGCCGCUGAGCAUUCUUUCACGUGCGACGUUUGCCUUCAGACAUUCCCCAGCUCGGAACAGCUCGUGCAGCAUACGUGUGUUCAAAACACAUUUCACCCAGGGAUGAAUAGUGUUCACAACACGUAUCUUCCCGGAACAAAUAUCCUGCUACCGAAAUUACAUUCCUGCUCCGUGUGUUCCAAACUCUUCACUCGCAAGGAACAUUUAGUGCGACACCUGAAGGUACAUCAACGGGAGUCUCCUCACAGCACAAUAAGGAUGGCUCUGAACAACACAUGUCUAGUGACAGCGCUACCUCAACUUAAUAACUGUAAUAAUAACGAUAGCAAAGAUAAUGAUCUCAAACAUUUUCUUUUAAGUAGUGCAGUGAGUGGUUUAGCUGAAGUGAAGAUUGAGGGCGUGGAAACCACCUUGGAUGAAAGCAUGGCCAGGUCAGACGGUGAGGGGGAAUCGGUUACCGAAAGCGCUGUCUCGGUUGAAGCGUGUGCUGUUCAGAAAGAAGGGGGUGACGGCUCCGAUGGCUCUGGCAACACGACGAGCGGAGCCGACGGCAGCACGGAUGGUAGCUCCCCGGACGCCAAGUCCCACCCUUGUCCCUGCUGUAAGACCAAGUGCUUCUCGCGCAAGAGCCACUUGGUCAGGCACUUCAAGCGCGCUCACCCGAACCAGCCGCUCGGCCUGGUCGUGUCCAGAACUCGCAACGACUACAGCGAGGGUUACAAGGACUGCGUCUUGAGCAACGGACAGCACUUGUGCAAGAUCUGCGGGAAGAUGUUUGGUCGCCGAUACCACCUGAUUCGCCACAUGAAGCUGCACAGGAACGGGGUGGUGCCGCCGUCGUCAUCAUCCUGCUCCGUGUGCAAGGAGUCGUUCUCGGACCACUCGCGCCUCCGGUCGCACGCUUGCGGCGGCAGGGCGGGCCCGGCUGCGCGGGGCGCGCCCGACAGCGUGGAGACGUCCAAGGAGAACCGCGUGGCCAACGUCAACGGGGAGAAGGCCGUGUUCGGGAGGAGCGACGGCGAGGGGACGCGGGCCAAGGCUGCCCGGGCCUCCCCCGCGGGCAGGGGCGUCGCCCGCAAGCGGGCGUACGGCUACCACCACGAGUGCGUCACCUGCGGGAUAAACUUCUCCAAGAAGAAGCUGCUGAAGAGGCACGUGGAGUCCGCCCACGCCGACAGUAGCAUGGACGAGCCACCUUAAUGUUCACUCGCUCCAGGAGUGCGUUUCGUUUGCUCACCGAUUACAGGCGUUAGUUAAUUUAAAUUCACCUCGCCAAAAUCGCUGUUCGGUUUCUACGCAAAGAAAUUUAAAGAGCUCGUUGUGGUUACGUUAUUCAUGCUGUUUUGCAACUUGGCAGAUUUUUUAUUUGUUUGAGCGUACAUUUUCAUUGUAAUGUGAAAUUUUUCAUCGGGGAGACUGUACAGGCUGUGGGCACUUGGUCAUUUACGUUAAUAAAUUAAUUGCAGCAAAAUUUUUAUUAAAAGUGCUUGUGGAGAAAGCGCAGUAUUUUAUCUCAUGUCGGUGAUUUGGUCUUGAAGCAUUUUGGUUUUGCAAUAUAGUUUUUCAGGUUUUUCAGGUGUCUGGGUCUAGUACAUCGGGUUGACUCAUAUACCUAAUGGAUUGAUUGUUUCUGACAGUGAAGUGGCAUAUAAUUCUUAUCUUUACAUGAAAUAUAAAUUUUUUCACCUAUUUUCUGGCAUUAUACCAACAAGCUUUUUUUUUUUCUAAGAGAGUUACCUUCACAAAUGUCUCAUCUGUUUCCAAUAAUAUAAACACCUAAAAUUUUAUUACGUUAUGUACAAAUCAUCCAUGGCAGAAGAUGGCAUGCAAAGUAGUAUUGUUAUUAAUGAAUUUUGUUGGUAUGUAUUGAAAUGCAGUGUUGUAUACCUGUAAAUUAUUUUUGCAUUUAACUUACUUGUUGCCAUUUCGAAGAUGUCUUUAGUUGCAUUUUACUUUUUCUUUUGCUUUUAUAGCCUGUACAGUCAUAAUCUUAUUUUUUUUUUUUUUUUUUUAAAAAAAGACAACUGCCAUGACAGUUCAAUUAUUUGUGCUUUUGAUUUUAUUUCAUUUAGUUUUCUUAAACUUUAAACUACUAACGUUUUGUUCGACAUUGCAGUCACCAUCAUCAGGGUAGCGUUACCUACUGAGGUUAUUAUAAGUUAUGCUGCCUUUUAAUACUCUUGCAUGAGAGGGGAGCGUUUCCCUAUUGGCUGCAGCUGUAGGCCAGUCACAGCAUUCCUUUUGUCUGGUUGGCUUGUUGGUUUGGCCAGUCAGAGCUGGGCUUUUGUGGUUGGCUGGGGGUGCUGGCAAAUCAGUGGUCUCUUCUCUUCUGAUUGGCUGGGCUGUUUGGCCAACCAUAGGUGACCUGUCUUUUGUUAAAUACAGAGUUAGGUUUUGAGUGUUUCUGAAGAGUGGAUCCCAUAUUGUGCUUAUUUUGUAGCCAUCUUCUCUCUGGGUGUUUUAAUAUUUGUACUGAUUCUCAAAAGGAAGGCUGUGAUUGGCCCACAGCUGUAACCAAUCGGCAAACACUCUCAGGCGAGAGUAUUAAAAGGCAGGAGAACUUGUAAUAACCUCAAUAGGUAACUCUACCCUUAUGAUGGCGACUUCAACGUCGACCGAAACGUUGUGAUAUUUUUGCCUUGACCACGGCUACAACCCAGAAGCCAAGCAACUUCAGACAAUUUCCGCGAAAGCCUGCGAUCUUUUUAAACUAUUAUAUGCUUUUUUUUUUUCAUUUCAUAAAUAAAAAAUUUAAAUUUUAUAAUUAAGUAUAUGUGUCUCUAGGCCUCAUUUUUGUUUUACUCAAAAGUGUGCAUCAAUGCAAAUAUUUUUUUUUUACUGCAAUUUCAUGGAAUAAGAAGAUUAGUAAGUAUCUUUGUGCAAGUGCCUUAGAAUGUGUGAGACCGUCGUGAGACAGGUUAGUUUUACCCUACUGAGAAACUGGUCGUUGCCCCAGUAUUCCUGCUCGGUACGAGGGGAAACCGCAGGUACGGGCCACUGGCUCAGGCACUCGGUCGAACGACCGGUGGUGCGAAGCUACCAUCCGUGGGAUUACGCCUGAACGCCUCUAAGGCAGUAUCCCCUCUGAGAGAAAACGAUAAUUAAGAGUUCCUGAGCCGGAAGGCUUCUGAUGACUAUACUAGGCGGUCCGUAUCUAUGCCCUUGUGAGCCACCAGAGGAUUCAUUCGGCACAGCGCCCUUUUGUUUCCGGUGGUCAACCAUGGGUAUGAGAUCUGGUGUAGGAACUCGAAUCGUCUGCAGACGACUUACUUUCACUAAGGAAUUCAGUUAGUUACGUACCUUGAUCUGUUCUCUUAUUUUCUGGCCGUUUGAUACAAAAUAAUAUUCUGAACAUUAUUGCACAGUUAUUAUUUUUAUUUUAAUAAAUAAAAUAAUAUAGUUUCUAUAGCAAAUACACUAGUUUAAACCGAUAAAAAUGUUUGCAUAAAUUUACGUAUUGUCCAUCUAUGAAUAGCAGUAUUUUGUUCGGAAAGUGCUGAUGCUACCACUAGAAAUUCUACUGAUGGUGUAAUGUAAGCUUACGGAGUAUGUGAUGGUGAUUCGGUUGAAAAUGUUUACCUGAAAUUAAUCUUUAACUAUGUGGAUGUACUAUAAAAUAACAGUGAAUGGUCAAAGCAAAUUUUAUUUUUCAUGAUUUGUGAUGCUUCAAUAUGAUAGGCGAAAAACUGUUGUACUCCACAUUUCUUGAUCUUGUCUCGUCUAUGCAGUUAUGCCAAUUUGAUACUCCACAACAUUGCUAAAAGAAGAUUAUUACGGAACAUUUUCAUGUUUUUCUCAAAAUUAUGGCAUAUGUAUAUAUUUGCCAAAUAAUACCAGUAUAAAAUUUGUUCUUUAAUAUUUUGAAACACUUUUUCAGGAAAUUUUAUUAUUUAGACAUCACAUUGAGGGCAAGAGAAUAUCAUGUUGAAUUAGAUAAUAAAAUAAUUGUAUUUAAACUGUCAUGUAGGGUGUAUAACUUGAAAAAAUUAUAUAUAUUUUUUUAAUAGCAGCAAUAUAUUAUAAUUUUUAAAAGCAGAGCCUGGUGAUUACAUUGGUUUAAAUAAAUAUUUUUUUUUUUUAGUUAUUUUCAUUUUAAGUUUAGUUCUAAGAAAGUUUAUCAUUGUUAACAUUUAGAAAUUUUAGUUUUCAAGCAAAUAAAAAUUUAUUUUGUUAAACAGAGAACUUAUUUGAUUUUCCAUUAAAUGUAAGAACUGCUGUUUUGAACUGUCGGUUGUUAAAGCAUUUAUUGGUAUGCUCUUUGUAAUAUAUGCAAUUAUACAAAAUGUAUUUGUGAAAUUCAGAAACUUUUAUAUAUAUAUAUGUAUGGUUUUGUAAGCAGAUUCUAAGUGGUUUUGUUAAGGAGCUAAUUUUAAUAAGUCAUAACAUUGAAAAUUAAAAGUGGAUGAGAUUAAUAAUUUUAGCAAAGAUUGCUGAAGAUAAUUUUCUACCAUUGCCUGUUUGUGUUUUUGUUACCUUGUACACAUUCCAAGCAUGCCUCCUAGCUAACACAGUGAUUGAACAAUAAGUAAGUUGACUAUUUUUUCCCCCUGCAAUGUAUUUAAUUGUACAGAUUUCACAGCCAGAAUAUCUGCAUCUUUGCAACCAUUAAACAGUUCCAAGUUCAGGGUUGGCGAACUUUUAACUGCCAGGGAAUGCAUUCACUUAAAUUAAAAAUUUUAUUUUGAAAUUCACAGCUUUUUAAGCCAUUGGGUGUCCUUGAAAUAACUAGGUAAAAUUUAAAUGGAACUUAUUGUUUGCAAGUAUAGUAGAGUAAAUGAACAUUAUAACCAUUUUGGCUCGUAUGAGAAAGCUUGGCAAAUACAUAGGUAAUCACAGUAAACAGCUGAAGUUUUUUUGUGUGCACAAUUGGUUUGAAAUGUAACUUUAGUUAAAAAAAAUUAUCUGGGAAAAUUAAGUUGUUUGUUGGGGAAACAUGGAAGUUGGGAAAAUUUGAUCCUGGCUUUCUGAAUCAACCUUGAUGAUCUGCGUUGUUUCUGUGUGUCAGAGAAUGUAAGGAAAUAUACUUGAAAUCUGGGAAAAGUCAUUGAAAUUUCCUAGUGGUAGUUAUUAGAGGGGAGAAGUCAUGUUCUAGUUUGCCAUCACUCAGAUUGUGAAAAAAAAAUUCCAAGUCAUGUUUUAGUGCGUAGCCAUAAAUACUAUAAAACUGGCGUAUGCAAGGUUUUGUUUGAAAAAUUUUUUUUUUUUAAUAUGUAUGAUUCUUGGUCAGCUAUGGGAAUGAUGAAGACUGAAUUUUCGUUAUUUCUUCCAGAAAAUGGCAAAAUAGGUGCAUUAUUUUUAAAAAGAUAGGAUAAUUGGAAAUUUAUUUUAUUUGUGUGAGAUCCUAUCUUUUUCUCUUAACGGAGGUGCUUAACUCGUAGUAGUUAUGGCUGGUAAAGCUCAUUGUUAUGUAUGUCAGCAUGUCAAAUGACUUAAUUAAGAUGAUGCCCCACUAUCCCCUUUGUAUCAGUUUGCACUUGCAUGUACGACAUAGUAAUCUUGAUACAAGUGUGGCUGUAAGCAUUGCUGCAUCAGUACGGCAGUAAUCCAUCGUGGAAUGACUGGGCCAGUUUUUGUUCAUCACUAUUAGUUAGUAUUGGGUCAGUUCCUAAAAUGUGUCUGUUCCAAUUCCAAUGUUGAUUAGAGUCCAUCAGUUUUUAUAUUCCUUAAGAUUGUGCUUAUCUAAUUCCUCCUGACUCAUACAUCCGGAAGAAAAAAAAUUAUUUUGCUUAUGUAACUAAAAACUAAUAUUUAUUCAUUUACAAUUUCAAAGAAUCCAAGCACCCAAAAAUAAAUACAUUUCUGACAAAAAAAGCAUUUGGUGAUCUAUUAUAAAUUAGGGUGGAACCUCACUAUUAUAACACUUAAAAGUAAUGGAAUAUUAUUGGUCUGUAAUGUGUAGUAUAAAUGAGUUACUAUAUUGCCAUUUGUGAUUACAAAAUUGUGUUUUUAAAUAGAAAUGGUGCUGGUUAAUUUAUAAUUACAACUUUCACUCAACUAUGUUCAAUUGAAGUGCAAUCAUUAUUUAUUAAACUGUUUGCCUCCAAUAAAAUAUAAUAUAAUCUGAAUGUAACAAAUGAGACCCUGUGAUUAAUUGAAAAUAUUUCCAAUCAUUUUGACACAUUUCUUACUAAUUGAACAAACCCUGAUUAAAUGAUCAAAAUCAUGAUGAACUAUACUUGCUACUUAAUCAGGCAACACCCAAUUACAUAAUCUGACAAAAAUUCUAGUUGAAAGUUGUAGCCAUUUGUCUUUUAUACCCAUCAUUAAAUGGAACAGUACUACAAAUUUCUAAGUUUUACUCGAAGUGAAGAAUUGACCAACUUAUAUUCCAAGACCACUGGAUUAUUAAUCCUGAUACCAAUGGAAUCAGCCAAUUACAGACUUGUAAUCGGCCGAACACCACUUUCUCCUAUGCAUUUCUUGCAGACUAGUGUACGUACUUAAUUAUGUAUAUUGAUAUGACAUUUAUAUGGCUAUAUAAUUCUUUGAAAAGUUUCAGAUGUAAUGAUCACUAAGUUACAAGUAGCAACUGGUGAUAUGAGGAACUUUGUGCCGCCAUAUUUGGUUCAGAAAAUUAAGUUAAUUAUUGUUAUAAACUUACCCAAGAUUGUCAGAUAUUCAUUGUGGGGCUUCUUCUCUGUCAGUGGAGUUAACUUAUGAGGAAGAUGAUCUGAUUUUUACGUAAAAUAUACUUCUUGAAAUUGCAGACAUUCCUACUAAAGGGGGGACAUUUGCCUUAACAUUUAUUACUUAAACCUCUAGCUGAUAAGCUUACAUGAGGUAACUUUGGGUCACUAUGCAAAAUAACCUUGCCUCUACAGUGAUGUGGACUGUCAUUUCACACAGUUCUUGAGUCACUUGGAAAACAUGCAGUUUUCAUUGGCUUGUGGCUGGCAAUCUAGUCGUAGAUUUUUUUUUUGUAUAUGAUUUUUUUUAUGAUUAUUGUGAAAUAGAGAAAAUAUUCAAUUGGCCUUUUGAAAAAGUGACAUGUAAGCUGACUUUCUGUUGCAAUAGACAUUUAUUCCUUUGCUUUACCAAAGUUGUGCAGAAGUAAAAAGAAAGAUGUUUUGUUUAAGUUGAUGUUGAAGAUAUUUGUAUACAUAGGGUUAUAACCAAGAUACAUAUAUGAUUGUUUUACGUUAUUGUUUCGUGAUUUUUGUUGGUGAUGAAGUACGGCCACAUCGGUAAAGUGCAAUUUGUGACAGAUGUGAUGGAUGUGUUUCAUCGUUCUCUGUUUGUAGUCAACGGUUUUAAGACCGUUAUAAAUGUUAGUUAAAUUAGUGUAGUCUGCCCCAGACAUUUUCAGGGAAACGUUCUCUUUGUGUACAUGCGAUAAAAUGAGCCAUUAGUGUUUAUGAUUGGGUUGUGGUAGUAUUGUACGGCAAAGGUAUGUAGCUAUAAUGUUCUUAAAACAAAAUUUUUUAUUUAUCAUUUAUGAUACAGGGUAUGUUUAAUUUUUUUUUUUUCUCAAGCUGACAGUGCUAGGUGCAUCGGUAGAUUGUAUCUGUUCUGUUAAUGUUUAAUUUGUUAGUGUUACAUUGUACUGGAACACAGAAUUGUGCACCAUGUUGCAUUACAUUGGGAAAGUACUGAUCACUGGAGCAAAAUGAUGAAAUAAAAUAAGUUUCUGUAGUAAAAAUGCAAAUUGUUGCCAAUAAUUGAUUCUUUAGUGUCAAAUACAACUGAUGUACAUGUGUGGACCAAUGUAGUGCCGGUACUUAAAAUGUUUCAACAUAUAUUGUAUGUACUAUAAUUAGGAACUCUUGUAUGAUGUCAUUUCGUAAAUAAUUUCUUGAUUUAGCAACUAAAUUGUGAGCAAUGUUUGCUAAUGUGUUAAUGUAAAAUGACUAAUUUUGUACUGCACAAGCAUAAACUGCUGACAUUGCAAUCAGUUUGCACCAUGAAUGCACAUUCUGUUUUUUUCAUUAUUAUUUUUAUUUUUUUAAAACUUUAAACAAAUCGUUUUUCAGAAUGUGGUGAUGUACUUAAUAAUAAUAUUAUCAGGAAAAGAUUUGCUACUGAUGAGGGGGGGGGGGAGGAGAGGAAAUACAAAGCACUAAGUGUUGCCCCCUAAUUUUUUACUUGUCUUGCAUAUCGUACUCGUACUGCACUAAUUUUCCUCAUUUCAUACUUCCUGCAUUUAGCAAUAAUUUUUUCUAGUCCCUAAUAUAAAUUAUGAUUUAACUACAACAUUUUACUGGUUGCAGGUCUAUCAGAAUUAAUUGGGAACAUGCAUGUGUCUGAUAUUUCAUAAUAAACAAUAUCAGUGUUUUGGGUCAGAACCAAGUAAAAGAACCAUUUGACACAGAGGCCUAAAACAUGCUCUACAAAAAUGAAAAUAAAAAUAUCUGUUGAAAAUGUUAAAAAAUAUGACCUUUUUCAAUUUGCUUAAAACACUUUGUGAUGGGCUUCAUUGUUAAAAACUCACUUGGCAGGACUUAUUUUUGCCUCCUGGUUCAAGGCUAUACUGAAUAGUGUAUAUAAUAGAAAUAAUUUCCUGUUUCAAUAAUUACAAUUGGGUACCUGUUUCCUUGCAAGAUUUUUUUUUAUGCCAUAUAAAUUCUUGCUGGAUUGUGAACCUGUAGAUUUUUUAAACACAAGUUUUUUUUUUAAAGUUGAAAGUACUUUAAUUAUGGAUUAAUAACAAUGUUACAGUAAGAAAAAUUAUUGAUAACUGUUUCAACAUAGUUUUCAUGUAAAAUCUCACUUGCUGGUGCAAUAGUCGUGGAAUAUUUCAGGAAAUUGGUUUUUUUUAUCAGCCCCCGCUCGAAAGCAUCUCUGUAGGCACGGAAGGGCUCGGAACCCCUUCACGUCGUGAGCAGCGGCCCAAUGUGGGGGGCACCUGUCAGACCCGGCACAACUGCCUCUCAAGGCCACGGCAAAACACAGAGGGGCCUGAAUCUUGGUGACAGCCAGUGGCAGCGGUAGACAUGAUUUCUAGUCCACAUUACUUAGGCCUUCGAUCAUUAUGUAUCACUUUUUACUCGUAACUAGAGACGAGAUUUUAUGAUUCUAUUUUCAGUCCUAUUUCGUUUUUAAAACUGAGGAUUUCUGUGUCGUUUUUAUUUUUAUCAAAGCUGUUUUGUAAUACUCCACCUAAAAUAUAGGGUGAAAUUUAUAUGCUGCAAUUUUACAGUAAAAUAAUUUUUAAUAAAUUGGUCUAAAACAGAUAUAUUCGGAACAAUUAAAAUAAAUUAGAGAGCAUUUAUGGUUUAAAAUUAUUUAAUAAGAGAUGCAUAAUAAUAAAACAAAUUUAAUUAUUUUUUUCUGAUCCAUGCACUUUAGUACAAUUUUUUUGGCCGAAAUGAUAUUUCUUGAAUUACAAAAAUUAAAAGAUUCCCUUUUUUUACUGAUUUGAAUUAAGUUUUGGUUAAAAGCUACUUAAUUCCAUGAAUCGAUGAUAUAAUUUGCACUUUGGUGCUAUAUGGUGCAUUAACUUGCAUUUUAAGGUGUUUUGACAUGCUUUUUGUUGUUAUUUCGGUUUUAUUGCAAUUCACCAUAUACAGUAAACUCCCUAUUAUCCGCAGGCAGAUGAUCCGCGGUGCGUAUUAUUGGCGCAUGCUACGAAAAAAUACAGCAAAUAUGUAAAUCUGUAUUUUAUUACAAGUGAGUAAAUUUGAACUCUACUGACUAGUGCAUUGUGUGCAGUAUGCAGUAAAACGCCACAGGCCUUCUCGGAACUCGCACAGUAGGCUGGCAUGCGUAAUUAUUCAGUAAAAUACAAAAAUUUUAGCAUCAUUAAAACAAUUUUACUGUUAACUGUAACGUUUACUGUACAUACAUUUUUUAGAUUUUUAAGCUGAAAUUAAUGUUUCCUUUUUUGUUUCCCAUUUUCGGCUCUUUCCGGAUUAUCCGCGAUUUUCACUAUCCGCGGUGGCCCUGUAACUUAAUUUCGCGGAUAAUCGAGAGUGUACUGUAAUCUUGUUCCUACUCGUAGGCUUAGGCUUACUCGACUAAGUUUCUUAACAGUUUGUGUGUUUGCAUAAAUAAAGCCAAUACCCUUAAAAUAACUUGGUACAAAUUAAUUUUACCGUUCUGAUAUCCUGAUCAUCGUGCCCAGACACCACCCAUUAACCCACUGAUUCAUUUGCUUUUUCUUUUAGUCAGAACAAAAGCCCUUCAAAAAAAUGUAUUACAAAAUAUUUUAUGUUUGCGUGGCCUUCAAACAAAAUAUUAAGUUUGCUCGCAUACCUUCAGAGACGUUCGGAAAAUGGAGCGCCGUUUCGCAAAGUGACAUCACAUUCAUCUAUUUGUAAGAUUAAAAUAAUUAGAGUAAGUUUUGAUUAGUGAAAUAAAUGUGCUGUUACAAUAGAAUGACAAAAAAAAAUUAAUGUUCCCCAAUUAAAAAAUAUAUUUAUAUAUAUUAUUGGUGCACACAGCAGCAUUUGUUAGCGGAUAACUGAACAGAUGUGUGGUGCGAGAAAAUUGCAGCGAAAGCUUAUUUACGUCAUUGUUUGAACAGGGUAGUAAAAAAAAAUAGCAAUAGCAAAAAUUUUGAAUUAAAUGAUGUUUGUAGUUUUCAAAGUAAGUUCUCUUUUUGAAAUUAAUAUUUAGUUAUUUAUUUACAUACCUCUGAAUCUAAGCUAAAUAGUUCCUAAUUUUUUUAUUUUUCUUUUUCAAGCACUUUUUUUUCCAGCAUAUACAGUUCAUUAUUUUUUGUGUAAAGAUGAAUUCAAUUGGUAUGCUUUAGAUGUAAUUCAGUUUCUGUUCAAGCAAUACUAAAUGUGCAGAACAUCUAGAAAUAAUUUGAACAGAAUUGUUUCUUUAAAAAAAAUAAUAUAAUUAUUUAUUUGGUACUUUUUUAAAAUACAGAAUUCUCCAUCAGUGUUUUGAAAUGCAAGAGAUUUUUUAAGCCUUUUGGAUUGUGUCAUCUGUAGCAUUUUACAGUUUCUGCCUGUGUUUACAGCUACUAAGAAUAUUUUUUUGAAAGAUAAAUGGCCAUUCAAAACAAUUGUGGCUCAGUAGCAGUGAAAAUGCUAAUAAUAAUAAUCAAAUAGUUGGCUGAUGUCUCACCUGGCAUAUGACGAAUUAUAAAUUGACAUGAUAAACACUAACAGUAUUAUUCUGCCAAUUAAUGAAUAGAUAAAAAAGCAUGGUGCUUACCUUUAAAUUUCUUUAAUGCUCUGCCAUUUUUAGUUAACCUUUUUAUUAAGUCUGUUAUAAUAACUGCAGUUAUGACUAUUUAGAUUAAUUUUUUUCCAUUUGGCUGAAGUAUGUUAUUUUCUUUAUUAAUGAAGAAAAUUAAAUUUCAAUAUUUGCCUGUUGAUUGUACUUGUACAUGACAUUUAAUACCAUCUUUUAUUACAGAAAGGUUUGUAAUUUUUGUAAUAUGAGGUUUUCAUUAGUAAUAUCUCAAUGAGCUGCAGGUUGAGGAUUUUUUUAUUGAAGGCUUGAAAUAUGAUAUAAUUGAAGAGUUUCUAGUUUUCAAGAUGAUGUCUGUUCCUGCACUACAUGCCUUUAUGUGUAAUAAACUGUGUAGUAAUUUAUUUUUGGGAUCAAAAUACAUGGGUACUUCCUCAUAUUGUGUCUUAUAAUGUACAUCUAGUAGGCAGAUUGCUAUCAAAUAGACACUGAAGAUUGUAAUAUGUGACAUAUCUAUUAUUAGUUAUUUUAUACAGAGUUUUAAUAAGAUAUCAACAGUUGUGGUUGUUAGAAUGUUAGUGUUUCAAGUCUGAUUUGUUGCAUGUGUUUAAAGUGUUAUAUAAAUAAAUGGGUAUUGUUAUAAAUGUAAA